AUCAACAGAUCGGCAGACGGUAAAGGCAUGAACCUUGUGCCGUUUCUCUAAUAAUGAGGUAAGUUCACCUGUUGAGAGAGGAGUUCGAUGGCGCUUGCCGUGUGCGGGCAGCAGCACUUCCGUCAUGCUCUCCAUUUCGAGACAAAUACAUCUUCGGUGGUUCUUUCCUCCAAACAUUUCGGUGUAUCCUACCGUCUGUAUGCACCUCUUUCGCCUCGAAUCCCUCUGAGUUCUCUCAACCUCCAACAUCUCACAUCGACUCUCAUCCUGUUUACCUUUUACAUCGAGCAUUGAGCUUAUCCUGUGCUUGUCCUACUUCAAAUCUCCAUUAGUGCAUUCGUCGCACAACAGAAUUCCCCUGCAGCGAUACCUCCGGAUCACCACAACCUCAUCUCUUCGUCCAACCUCAUCCCUACAUCCUAAUCCAACAUGAAUCUCGACCGUCCAGGCAGGGGCCUUUCGCUCCCCUUCAUGAAGUACCGCGAGAGCACUCACCAUGAACACCGCCUCGCUGGCUUCAGCUGGCUGCCCAACAAAGUUCGCAACCACUUCAUCGCCAUCGUUGGCGAGUUCGUCGGCACAUUCCUGUUCCUGUUCUUCGCCUUCAGCGCCACCCAAGUCGCCAAUGCUGCCACGGGUAAUGCGGGCGAUGAGACCAACAACGACGACGGUUCCAUCACGCAAGCACCCAACACGUCGGCUCUGGCCUACAUCGCUCUGGCUUUUGGCUUCUCCCUCGCCGUCAAUGCCUGGGUCUUCUUCCGUAUCACUGGCGGCCUCUUCAACCCAGCAGUCACCCUCGCCCUUUGCCUCAUCGGAGCAUGCAAGUGGCUCCGCGGUCUUCUGGUCUUCAUCGGUCAAAUUCUUGGUGCCAUUGCAGCUGCGGGAAUCGUCUCCUGUCUCUUUCCCAGUGCAAUGAACGUAUCAACAACCCUCGGAGGUGGCACCUCAGUCGUCAGAGGCCUGUUCAUCGAAAUGUUCCUCACAGCCAUGUUGGUCUUCACCAUCCUCAUGCUUGCCGCCGAGAAGCACAAAGGAACCUUCCUUGCACCCAUUGGCAUCGGAUUGUCUCUCUUCAUCGCCGAACUCACCGGAGUCUUCUUCACUGGUGGCAGCCUCAACCCAGCCCGCUCAUUUGGACCUUGCGUCAUCCUUGGUGUUUUCCCCGGAUACCAUUGGAUUUACUGGCUCGGCCCGCUAAUGGGCUCUGUCCUCGCAGUCGGCUUCUACAAGUUCAUCAAGACGUUGGAAUAUGAGACGGCAAACCCAGGACAAGAUUUCAACGACAAAGAGGCCGAAGUCUUCCAGGUGGACGAGGAUACCGCGACGACCGCAGCCGACGUUGCUAGACCCAACGUGGCAAUCGGACGUAGUGAGUACAUUGCCGAUGGGCGCGGCAUCUAUCACUCACAAGAUGUCCGUCAAGCUGUAGCUGCUCCUCGUGCUCCCGCAAACUACGGAAACACUGGCUACGGUAACACGCAUCCUUCCGGUCCCGCUCCUGCCCUUCCUCCAAUCAAGGGUGUCUCCGGUGAUAGCAACGCCACUGCUCCAGGACGUGGAUAUGACGGUACCUUGUCUGGUACUACACAUGAUGGUGCCGAUUCUGACCGUACUCGUGAUAGUCUAAAUGUGCCUCGAGAUGCCCACCGCGCUCCCGACCACGUUUAUGACGAAAAGAGACGACGAAGUUCGAGCAUCAGCGGUCCCCAUCACCACGAACAGAAGCGUCGCAGUUCCAGUUACAGUGGCAACCGCCAAGGGGAUCGUUACCAAGCAUCGGCUGAUGCAGAAAGAGGAGAUGUCGGAGGGACUUACAAGGUUUCGGGAUUGUGAUCAAAGAGCAAGGAGAUUUUGAUAUCAUCGACAGCAUUAACAUUGGUGUGGCAGCAUGGCGUUGGAGGUUAUUGUUUUAAGGCAGGCGUUUUGUACCGAGCGGCAUGGAGGAUUGUACGCCCGCGAUUCACACGCAUUGACAGAUCGACACCUACGUAUUCUCCUGAGCAUACAG